GCGUAAAAUCAGAUCACCAAAUAUCCCCAAAUGUUCCUUUUUCCUCUCUCUCCAUCAUAAUAGCAGGUUUAGCGGAGGGGAUUGGUAAUGGAAGGAGAAUGGUUCCGCUUGGAAUGGAGGGGCAUGUCAGAAAUGGUUGCGGGGUUUGAUAGCGCAAGCCUGCUUUGUCUAAUUGCACGUAUUUACUGGCAGAAGGAGAAGAGGACAAGCACGGUGCAAGGCAGAACGCGAGGAAGGUCGUCCGUAAGGAAUGAGCGAAGAAUGGCCUACUCGGAAACGCCGCUCACGACGCUCACCGUUUCCCUCGUCUACUUUCUGGUACUCUUCGGUUCCUACUGUCAAAUGGCACCAGCGAUGGCUGGAGCCACUAGAGGCUGGGAUCUGGGAAGCGGGUUGAAAUAUAAGCUGACGACGACCUUGCUGUUUAGCGAGGCAGCUCCGUCGAAAUCCAGCGGGGACGUUGGCUUCCGAUUAACCGGCGAAUUGGACGUGACCGCCGUCUGGCAGAGACCGGACGAUUCGAGUAGCUUCUUGCUGAAAAUCCAGUUUCUGCAACCGCAACUAUGGAUUAAAUCCCGAAGAGCUCCGGAACCCGAAGGAUUUGUCGAACACUCCUCCAGAAUAAACACGCUUGCAGAGAGACCUUUCCUGAUAGUCUGGAGAGACGGUGAGGUGCGUUCAAUCUUCAUGGAUACCGCAGAGAGCCUCUCUUCGGCGAACAUUAAACGUGGGGUGGCGAGUUUGCUGCAAUAUAGAGUGUUUGAUAAUGACAUCGAAGAACGAGACGCUUCCGGUUUCUGCUUUGUAACGUACCAUUCCCUGGGACCGAAAACAAUAGGGAAACGAAAAACAUCCUGCGAAAAAAGUACUCUACUACCAAAGAAACGACACUCGAAUCCGUUGUUCAGCGCGAAGCUUGCGAGCACUCGAAAUUCAACGUAUGAGCUCACGCCACAGCUUUUGCCUAGCUUGAUUCGCGAUGAGGAGAGACAUCGAAUGUCACUGAAUGCCAGAUCGGAAGUCGGUACUAUCAUUACAUCGAAAAGGACACUGGAAUUGCUGCCUGGCACACUUAGCACGAAAACUGUGCUAGCUGAUACCUUGCAACAAGCUGUCGCUGCUGUACAACCUAGAUGUAGAGAAACGAGCAUCGAGCUACAAUUGGAACCGUUCUCGUGCCCUGACAACGGAUGUCCGACGAUCGAACAAACUAUCGAGGAGUAUCGUAGCAGUUUGGAGAACAAUGCUGUGGGUACAGGGAAAUCUGCCUCGGCGUUCCUCAAAUUAGUACCUCUAGUGAAAUCAGCUACCCCAGAUGAAUUACUGAAGCUUCUGAAAAGCCCACGAUAUCGUCAACUAAAACUUCAGCUGUUGGACAUUUUUGGUGCGGCCUCAACCCUAGCAAGUCAUCAAGCAGCCAUGAAGAUUCUUCUACAAGAUGAAAUAGGAGACGAAACCGAAAGAUACUUUUGGGCACUCUCCUUGUCUCCAACGCCAAACGCAGACAUCGCCAAAAAUAUUCUCAAGCGAUCGGAAGAAACAAAUCCGAACGAUAAAGUGGCAGAAACGAUAGCUUUAACUGCAGCAGCGAUUGCACGUCAUUUAGAGUCUUCAGGUGCUAUCGAAAAGACAAGAGAAAGCUUGGAACUCGGUCUCGAUAGUUGCACAGGGGAAGAAUGCAAAUUGAGAUUCCUCAGGGCUCUGAGAAAUUUAAGAACCAAGACUGCGAUCCCGACGCUGUUAAAAUUUGCAACGAGUGAGAGCAAAGCCCUCAAUGUUGCCGCUUGGAAGGCUCUAGCAGAGCUACCCAAAGAUUCAUUAACUCCUGAAGUAAUAACAGCAGCCAACCAAGUGUUUUACGAGAUAGGCGGACCUAGGAGAGACAGUAGUUCCAGGACUAUAGCCUUGGAUAUUAUUCUAAAGAUGAAUUCAACGGAAGAAGAUAUUAGAUACUUGGUGAAAUAUUUAGCAAGCACAGAUCCUGCCUACGAGGUUAGGAAGUAUCUCAGUCAACGUUUGGAACAACUCUCUGAAAAGGAUCCUCAAUUUGCUAAUAAGCUGAAUAAAGUUUUGAGUACCAGUGGAAUAGAUAUCAUUAAUUACAACGUAUAUGCGCAAAAAGGUCUUAGCACGGCGUUCGAGAGGAACUUCCUAAGAUCGGUAGAUAGUAACGGGUCCUUAGUAACCGUCCAAGAGAUUCACUCGGGCUUACUGAAGCGUGGAACAGUCGACGUAGUUCUCCAAGCUGAGAAUCAUGAAAAAGCGUUAUUCUCUCUUGGUCUGUUCGCUGGAGGUUUAGGAAGCUUCGUUUCGACUUCCAAUCAAGAAGAGGAUACUCAGGAUGACGAACCAGCUACCGCAGGAAUGGAGCUCGAUUUCCUAGGCGUCGGUAUUAGACCUUUCGUUUUCUUCUCUGGUCAAGGGGAACUCAUGGGACAUGUCUGGUCUGGGACAGCAUCCGAACGAACUCCAGCAUAUCAGGCCCUGGCUACUCUCCAUAAUUACAACGAGUACAUUCCAUUGGCCUCGGGAAUUAUAGCGGAAGUCGAUGUCCAAGGUGCGGUUAGUUUCGAUUUGGCUGGACAGAUCCAGCUGAGCCUAUGGUCCAGAAACGCUCAGUCGCUGGUGGAUCUAAAGGCUGGUAUCAUGAUCCAGGGAGGAACAAAGGUACGAUCUGACUUCGUACAGAGCAUGGCUGAGUUCUCCAUGACGAUGGAACCAAAAUUAGAGCUGGCUACCGACGUGGAUUUCUCUGGACCAGUGGCUCUGUGCAUGAGACUUAGCCAACCAGAGAACGUGGUAAAGUACCAAGUGUACAAGGUGGAAAGAAUACCCGGAAGUAGGCAUAGGCUGAGAAAAACUAGGAGGAUGAAACUCUACAAUCCUGGAAGAUCUUAUCUGUUAAACAGAAAAAACAACGAGAUGUGUUCGAAGAUGUUCAGUUAAUCAUCGAAAACUGUUUGUUUACGUUUGUCGUGAGAAUUUUAUAGAGUUUAUGAAGAUUUAAUUUCUCCUUCCAUGCGUGUCUGGUGCAUCGAAAUAAGGGAACUACGUGUUAAAUGAGGAGAGUGCAUUUUUCUUUAGAUACUACAUACGUAAGUAUUUGAUAUAUUGACAAUUCUCAGAUGAAAGAAAAUUUUAUUCCGGUGAAAAUCGCUCCAAGUCAUUCCAGUUUUACCAACAUGGUCAUUUAAUUUUUUAUGGUUGAAUGAUUAAAUAAUACAAUUGAAUAUUUAUACUUUUUUGAUAUAGAUAGCUAGGAUAUAUUAAAUAUAUAAUACGCUAAGCAUAAAAAAUAAAAUGAUUUUUAAAAAUUUUACUCAGAAUAUCUAUGAUAUACAAAAUAUUAUUUGAAAAUUGAUAUUAGCAAAUGAUUAAAUUCAAUAGAUUAUAAAGGAUUAAAGACAUAUCAAGUUACUUACUUUUCUAUAAUAUAUAAUAACUUUUUUAUAAUUUAUAAAACUUGUAUAAUGCAUGUUUUGUAUCAGAAAUAUUUUUAUUCAUAUAUUGCCAGUUCAGAGAAUAUUAUAUGUUGAAAGGUAUUAUAUUUUAUGAUAUAUAUAUAGAGAAAGAAAUGAGAGACGAUAUAGAAUAAAUCAAAAGGAACGAAAAUUGCGAAAGCUAUAUAUUUUCUAGACCAAAUAAAGAUAUUUUAACUUAUUCGUUCAAUUUAUUCGGAAUAAACCGAUGUUAAAAUCUGGUCGAAACACAAAUCGAUGGAAUAAAUUGAUCGAAAUGUAACAAUUUAAGAAAUAUAUUUACUUCUCAUUUUUAAGAAUUUAUUCUAAUCCUCAUCUGCCCUUCAUUUUAACUUAAUUCGACCUUUGGUAUCAAAUUGACACAGUGAUAAAAAAAUAGAAAGAAAUAAACUGCGAAGAAAGAAUAAAUAAUUAGAUUUGCAAAUUCUUUUAUUGACAAUAAAAUUUGUAUUCAAUUAUAUGCAAGAUUCGCAUAAACCCUCUCACGUAUAAGUCAAUUUUAUGUCGUGAUUUGAUUUUCUCUAGUUUUGUCUAACAUUACGAUCAUUUGUUUUGGAUUUUUGCUUGUUAUAAUUAUGUUCAAAACUAUAAGUAUCUAUACAUAUCUUUGGAAAGAAUGAAUUAUAAUAUACCUAUGUAAUAUAAUAGCUAGUAGGCAAUAUAUAUACUCUCUGUUCAAGGGAAAAAUUUUAACGGUAUAUUUUGUUAUUAAAAUAUCUUAAAUAUGUGUUAUAUUUUAUAUGUUACAGAAUAUCGAAAAUAUAUAUUAUAUGUUACAUUUAUCAUGAAAUAUGCGGGUUUGUUACACUUUAUUUAUAGCAGUCAGUAAUGCAAAAACUAUUUUAGAGUACCGGGAAAAUACAGCACUUCAUCUUUCAGAAGUAUUAAAUUAUAUCGGAAAUUUCUGUUACUAAAAUAAUAACUCAGAAAUGACAAAAGUACUGAACAAACCGAUAUUAAAAUCUGGUCUAUACUCGAGCGUUCAUCAAUCGUUUAUGUCUGCAAUUAUUUCUAUGCAACCAUCGCUACGUCUUCACAUUUUUUGUUAUAGCAAAAAAUAUACAUUUAUUUUAUUAAAACAUUUUAUUUUUA